GCAGAACCUGAUGAGUGCAGUGGGAAUUGACGUUGGCACGAAGAGGGCGCGAGCGCAGGGACACAACAAGGCACAGAAGGAGUAGCUUUGACUUUAUAAACAACACCAGACAUGUAUUUAGGGGAUUUGAACAUGAACACGGUUGCACCAUAGAUCGCUGUUUGGACUUUUUGCUGUGAGAGAUGGGGAAAUGGGAGCUAACCAUGGACCCAGUUCAGGAGUGGGGUGAAGAGUUUGAGGAUGGCGCCGUGUUUGGCAUCACACUACGCAGAGAGCGAGUGCAGCAGUCAGGCGAGGCGGCCGAGGCCUCUCCCUGCGCUGCGUACGUUCAGUACCGUACAUCUAAAGUCCGGAGGCUGAAAGCAGCCACGCUGAUACGUGUAGUGGAUCACCUGCUCGAUCCCUGCUGCCAAGAACCAGACUAUGGAAGGAUACUUCUUUCUACAUACCGCACCUUCAUCAGCACCAACAAACUUAUUGAGCUGCUUUUACAGAGAGACAGUCUUGACUCUGAGCUGGACAACAGCAAGUGUCAUGAGAGCGCUCUAUGGACUCUACUCCAGACCUGGUUGGAUGAGUUUGCAGAGGAUUUCAGGGAUCCUCCAAUGCACUCUUCGUUACGCUUAAUGUGCCUGCAACUUAGGCGACACAAACCUCUUUCAGCCCUGGCCAAGUGCUAUGAGGAUCUCCUCAAGAAGUUUCAAGCAGAAGAUGUUGUGACUAAAGAUCAAACUGGAGUGGAUCAGGAGUCAGAGUUGAGCCAGGAAGAGAAGGACUUGGAUGAUGGAAGCAAUCAGGAAGACUUGAUGGAUUUCUCGGUCACACAACUUGCAGAACAGCUCACCAAACAGGAUGCUGAGCUGUUUGUGAAGGUGGUUCCCUUCCAGUGUCUGGGCUGUGUGUGGUCUCAGAGAGAUAAGAAGGAAAACCUCUCGCCCACUAUUAGUGCAACCAUCUCCCAGUUCAACGCUGUUACUAACCGUGUCAUCACGUCACUGCUUUGUCCCUCCACCUCUCCUUCCUCCACUACAUCAUCCACUCCAAACCAGAGAGCAAGAAUCAUUGAGAAAUGGAUACGAGUUGCACAGGAAUGCAGGCAGCUGAAGAACUUCUCAUCCCUGAAGGCCAUUUUGUCUGCACUGCAGUCCAACCCGAUUUACAGGCUGAGGAAGACCUGGGCUGCAGUGAGCAGGGAAAAUGUGAGCAGCUUUGAGAACCUGUGUGAAACUUUCCCAGACGAGAACUGUGUGUUGACCAGCAGAGAAAUCCUUGAGGAGGACGGGAGCCAAACAGCCAUGGACAAUAUUUUACCCAAGGCAUCCAAGCAGUGUCCCUUGUUCAAACAGAUGACCACCAAUAAUGGAGUCGUGCCUUACCUAGGAACAUACCUCACUGUACUAACCAUGCUGGAUACAGCCCUACCUGACACUGUGGAGCGUGACUACAUAAAUUUCGAGAAGCGCAGGAGGGAGUAUGAGAUUCUGUGGCAAAUCCGGCAGCUCCAAGCAUCCUGUUCUCAGUACACUUUACCCCACCAUCCUCAGAUUGCAGCUUGGUUACAACAUCACACGCUGCUCACAGAUCAGGAGAGUUAUGAGUUGUCUAGACAGCUGGAGCCUCCACUUGACAGCUGUUCACCAUCCAGCAGUACAGACUCGAAUCCCCGUUCCCUCACCAAAAGGCUCACUUCCCUCCUGAAUGUGACUGAGAGCUCCAAAAAGAAUGCUGACCAGAUCAGUGUCUCAUCAUCUGGAUCCAGCAGCUCUGAAAUGGAGGAUCUCUCUACAAAUCAGUCAUCUCCUCUUGGAGCACAGUCGCUCUCAAGCUCCUGCCAGAACAUGGCUGACAGCCUUUCUUCCUCGUCUCCUACGGGCUCUUCUAGCUCCUCCGCCAGCUCCCAGGCUGACCUUAUUCUCUCUGUACCUUCCACUUUGCCAGCCCCAUCCAAGCCUGGCCAUAAGCGCUCGGUCUCAAUGACCGCACUGCCCCUGUACAACAGGCAGGUCGCUGACUCCUGCAUCAUUAGAAUCAGUAUGGAGAGCAGCAACAAUGGAAACAUGUACAAGAGCAUCCUACUGACUAGCCAGGAAAAAACAGCCCAGGUGAUUGAGAGGGCCCUGCAGAAGCACAACCUUGAGAACGCCAGCGUACAGGACUUCAGCCUCGUCCAGAUGUUGGCUCAAGGCAAAGAGCUCAUCAUUCCAGACAAAUCCAACGUCUUCUAUGCCAUGUCUACUUCAGCCAACUAUGACUUUGUUUUACGUCGCUGUCCAAAAGGCCAGCGCAAACAACUAGCACGCUCAGCAUCAAUGUCAGCAGGCCGGUCUGCCAAAUAACAGCGCUCAGGAGAACUCAUCAUGAGAAAAAAAUUAAUUUACUUAGGAAUCUGCACAAUACUGAAAUGACAAAGAAUUCGUUAGUUUCAGUUUUUAUAUAAAAAAUGUACAUAGAACAUAUGUAUAUAGUCAAACAUAUUUAUGCCUAUUUAAUGGUAGAUAUUUGCUACUUGACAGAUAUUUUUCUAAUGUUAAUAACUUAAUGUUUGUUCACCUUGAGGGGAGAGUUUAGGCUCUUUACUUUGGUUCUAAAACUGCCAGAAGUUUUUAGAAGAGGCUUUAUAUUUUUUAACUUCAAAAAGUGGCAUAUUGUAUACACGGCCUUGUAGCAGUAAAUGUCCUAAUCCCACAUUAUCUCUGUCUCUGAGACAUAAUCACAGUAGCUACAGAACUUGUCUGAAAAUGCAACUCGCACACAUUCAUCAUAUGGAUCAAGCUUCACUGUCAGUUUCUUUCAAACUGAGCAUAGCUAUCACUUCAUCGUUGGAGUCUUUGCAUACCGAAUAACCUAAUAAAAAGCUUCAUAGUAUGUUAAAAAUCAUUACCUUUACCGUUUCUGUGUAGCAUGUACUGAGUUUCUAAAGGCCAUGUUUAUACCAAUAGGUUUAAAUACAUAGCUAAUGUAUUGUUGAUAUUUUCAGUGUAUUUGUAGAUCAACCUGCAUUUCAUUUCAGCAGGUUCCCACUUCGUAGCUAAAGAAUGAAUGAUAAAAGUUGUACAGCCUGCCUUUCACACAUAUAUAGCUGACAGAGACUCUCAUUAAGAUCACAGUGUUCUCUUCCCACAGCUCAACACCAUGGUGAUAUCGAUUGGGUGUGUACUUUUGUGUGCGUGUGUAAGAUAAAGCUACUGCACUAACAGGCACUGGGGCAUUCCACUGUCACACUGUAGAGUGAUAGAGGUCUAAUCAGCACUUCUACAAUGUUUAACAACUCCACUGAAAUGUCUUACACUUUCAUCUACUUGUUCAUUACUGAGGCUUUAAAGAAAAUCUGAUACUGCCUAAACAUUUAUUCCUUAGUGCUUUAAAAAUAACACAUUGAAUUUCUGUGCAAUUAUUGGAAGAGAGAUAUAUCUUCUUGUUUAACCCCAGAUGUAUUCUUUGGCUCUGCUGUUUCAAGUAGAUUCAUUAUUUUCACAAAUGAUAAACAUUGUGUAGUAUCCGAUUAAUGUUCCUUAAGAGAAUAAGACACAGACGGAACAGAAGAAAUGAAUACACUGAUCAUUACUGUAUUAAAGUGUACUGUAUUUUGGACUUAUUCCGCUCCGCAAUCCACAGCAUUUCAUUGGCUUAUUGUGCAUACUGCUUAUACAUGUACAUGUGGCAAUCCUUUAAAGAAUAAAAAGGAUUUAAAUGUU